AUGCCAGCCACACCCCUCUCGUGACUGCCUUUAGAGUCCGUGCGUUUUAACGCGAUGGUGUCCCGACGGGAUCAGAUUUCAGCGUCACAGUAGGGGACUGGCUUUGCGGUCCCUGAUGGAUGCUUGGGCUGGUGGCAUGUGAAUUCUCCCGGGAGGGACCACGGGAGCAACAGCUGUGGAAGGGAGAGGGUUUGUGACCGGGACCUGCAUGUCCUCGACACUCAGAUGCGCCUCUUCCCUUUUCCCGUCCAAGCCUCCCAGGACUACUAUGGCCCCCAGGCUCUGCUGAGGCCUCAUUUCCUCCUGUGGGGUCUUCUAGGUUCUUCUCACUGCCCAGCCCAACCCCUGGGGCUGGGAUCAUCUUUCAUCCAGCUUUGGCUUCUGCUAAGCCGGUGGAGUCCAGCUCUUCGAAGGUCAAAGUUUGACAUAAUUCCUGAUGCUCAGAAGUGUCUGCAAUGUGAACUGGAGUCACUCAAGAGCCAGCUACAGGCCCAGACCAAGGCUUUAGGAUUCCUAAAGCAGUCAGUGACCACGUUGGAGAAGCAGAUGCGCCUGCAGCAAAUCAAGAUCCAGCAGCUUGAAGAGGUGCUGAACGCAACAACCACUACACAGAGAAGGAGGGACGUAAGAGGCAUGUGGAGCAGGGACGGCAGGAGCUCUAUGGGGCCCUGGUGCAAGGCCUGCAGGGGAUGCACAAGACCCUGCGAGACAGGGAGGAGGUGCAGCGGGCCUGCCCCACCCGCUGCCUGCAGCCGCUCGCCCAGGAGAUCCGGGACAGAGGCACAGGAGGAGGAGAUCACAGAGAACCUAGUGAACAUCCAGAAAAUGAAGAAGACACCGGUGAAGUGUGGCAAGGUCCUGACCAGGAUGAAGAAGCAAGACAGUGAGGCAUCCAACUGGUCAGACACUGAGGAGAUGCCACAAGGAGACAGUGGCUCCUGGAGGGAUGACCUUCAGAAGGCGAUCAGUGACAUAUGGUCUGCUGUGCACAUGCUGCAGAAGUCCAUUGAUGGCCUCACCAUGCCCUCGGAGGGGCUGCCCCAGGGCCUUGAACCACAGGGGCCACAAGGGGCGCUGAUGCCAGAGCCCUCCACUCUGCUCAUGGGACUCAGACUCCGAAUGGGACCAGGACCCUUCCCAGCCAUCAUUCAGCAAGAGCCCCUCCUUCCCACCUGCCUGAGCCGCUGCAUCUGCUCUCCCCGAAGACCGCUCCAGAGAGAAAAUAAAGUAGCCAAGGCCUCCCCCCGCCUGUGGCCUGUUGUUCCUGAUGCUUUCUGUGCCUGAGAGUAACCCGUCCCUCUGCCAAUUUUUCCGCAGAAGACUCCAGGGACUGUUCCCGGAUGAGUGGGCCUAGGGUCUUCAGACAGUGUGAGGCCAGAUUUAGUAUAUGACAAGGUCAGGGGACUGUCCAGAUAUGAGUAGCCAGACAAGUUCUUCCACACUAGCCAUCAGCCUUCCCUUCUGGGGACUCCUGGAGAUCUGGCCUGCAGCCUCUACUUCCCAAAUGGGGAAACUGAGGCCCAGAGAGGGUGAGCCUUGGCCCAGGGUCAAGCUGAGACCGGACCUCCUCUUCCCCUCAGUGGCCCCAGACGCAGAGUCCUCCCUCUCAACUUCCAUCCUUCAUCCCCUCCUGAAUCUCUCCUAACAAGCCCCGCCCCCAAGAGCAACCUAGGCCGCGCCCCCUGGUUAUGCUAAUUAGACUCCGCUAGUCCCCGCCCCACGGGGUUAUGCAAAUUAGGCUCCUGGUGGCUCCCUCGCGGAGUCUGCGCCUCGCGGCCGGGCCGGGCCGGGCCGGACCGACAGCAUCUCCCAUCUCUACGUCUGCCUGCCAGGCCAGCCGUCCGUCUGUCCCUCCUCGCCCGUGACGUCUAGGCCGAGCGGGGGCUCAGGUGGCGGCGGCCUCGACCCGAGUGAGCCGCCUGAAUGGGAGCCUGGACCCACAGUGCUUACUUCUGCCUGCCUGGGCCUCAGUUUCCACAUCCGUGCAAUGUGGGUAACCAUCCCUGCCCUGCUGGUGGCCAGGAGCAGCUGUGAGUCUGUGGGCGUGGCGGCGGCCUGUGGGAAGCCAUAGGCUCUUUCACAGGCCCUGCCUUCACCAUGGCGGGAGGGAGACCCCAGCUGAAGAGGAGUUUCUCCAUCAUUCCCUGCUUUGUCUUCGUGGAGGGCUUCUUCUGCUACGAUAGUACCUAUGCCAAGCCCUACCCGGGCCCUGAGGCUGCCAGCCGAGCGCCUCCCGCGCUCAUCUACGCUCUGGUCACCGCUGGGCCCAUCCUCACG